GCAGGGGAUUAACUCAUCUCCAAGGCAGUGAAGUGGUGCAAUAUGUUGUAUACUGCAAUUUUUUUAAUUUGACAUGAACAAUAAACUAACGUUGUUUUUAAAUUGUAAGUGCCAGUUAAAAGACACAGAUUAAGUUUAGUCCUGGACUAAACGGUUUUGCAUGGAGAAUCUCAGACUAGCCUUAAUCUGUGUCUGUGAGGCUGGCUGUCUCAAAAGAUGUAAUGCUAGGUCAUUUUCACAGACUUUCCAAAUCAGUUUACUUCCUCCUACUGAGUAUACAAGUUACAUACACGUUGUAUACAGCUUGUAUUCUCAACAGUAGGAAAUUAAGCCAUUUCAGAUAUGGCCCUUGAUCAACUCAGAGAGAAGAUGGGAUAUUACAGAUUGUGAUGGAUUUCUUUGGGGUCGCCAGAUGGGGUUUAAAAAAAACAAAAAACUUUUUUUUCAAAAACCCCGUCUCUUGGAUUCCUGGCCUUCACCUUUUGACUUGUCUCCUUGUCGUUCAGUUCGUCACUCCCUUGUUGGUACCUACACUGCUCUGAGUACUCGUGAGUACACUGCCGUUCUGUACCUUGAUGGCGAGCCACUGGACUCCUACAGUAGCAGUGGCGUGGUCAGCAUGCCCCGUCAAGCCUGGAUGCGUGAAGGACCUGGCCGUUAUAUCUGGAACUCAACCAAAGGCCUAAAUAUGCAGCAAUGGGACAGAGGCAUGGCGGAUAUCUUCAACCACACAGGACCUUACAUGAGUGCUGUGGUCCUGCAGGGGAGAUUUGGCUGUAGAAUCGAGCGGGAGCCUCAUGUGAGUGUUACAGAGGCCUUUGCUCAGUACGGAUUGAACGGAGAAGACUUCCUGUACUUCGAGCUCACCAGGCAUCAGUGGGUGGCUUCAGCAGAGUCUGCUCUCCCCAUUGCAAAGAAGUGGAACAGGGACCAGGACAACAUCAUGAAAACUGAGAAAUACAUGAAGCACAUCUGUAUGUCUAGUCUUUUGGACAGUUUGUCCAUGGAAGAAAAGGAGAGCCAGAAGACAUUUCAGCCCAAUGCUUCGGUGUUUGCCAAGCUGUCCUGGAACCCUGGGAAGGUUAUUCUGACCUGCCUGGUUUCAGGAUUUCGCUGCGGGAACACGACGGUGGAGCUUUAUCGGGAUGAAGACAUCUUGACUGAAGACGACGGCCUCUGGUCCUCUGGGAUCAGACCGAACGGGGACGGGACCUGCCAGCUGAGAAGGAGCCUGGACAUCUCUAACAGCACUGAGGCACUAUACAGCUGUGGAGUCCACUCCACAAAUCUCACUGUCAAAUGGGAUGGGGUGAUAUGGGGCCUGGCUGAAACCAGACAAGACCAUAUCACUAGACAUCACGAUGUUCUUAUAGUGCCGUUUGCAGUGUUUCUUAUUUUCACACUGACACUAAGGUGCAGAAGGCACAGCUAUAUCAUGGCAUGGAAGAGUCGGGGAUGCCUCUGGAAUUCGUUGAUGCACAGAUGUAACCCAGUUUGAAUGAAACCCAGCUCCCUCACUGAAAUGUGACAAAAGAGUGACCAUGGCAGUGCACCUGAAGGUACGACUGGGGCCACAAACACCACAAGGAGACCGUGCAGCUGGGUGGCCAUUCAAAACUACAAGAAGAAGAGCAAGGGGACAAAUUAACUGGAGGCCCCUCUGGCACCUGGAGCAAAGUCCUGCAGCCCUUUUUACGGAGAACAAAAUGGCCCCGACCGAAUGCUAUCUGGUGGGGUAGACCCCGCAGAACCCCCCCUGGCCUCUUCCUAACUGCACUGACUGUGUCCAGUUAACACAGAGGAUCUCAGAACCUGAGGGCAGGAUCUCUACGCUGCACCAUGUACAGGAGGAUGGGUCACUCUGUGACUCUGCAGACACUGCCUCUCUCUCCUGGCUCAGCUCCAACACCGCCUGAGAGCCUGUACGAUUAAACUCUCCAGGCCUGGAGAAAUGCCUAAGACACUGGCCUGCUACACACCCUCAAUCCAUACAGGUUAUACGGGUUAAAGUAUUGAUUCAAUUCAAUUUAUUUUAUAGCGCGCUUUUCACAGAAGCCUGUCACAAAAGACACUUCACAGUCACACCAGACACUUUACAGUCACACAAGACAUUUUACAGUCACACAAGACACUUUACAGUCACAUUAUUUUACAUUAAGUACAUUUACAUUUACUAAAGUAGGCCUAGUUUUAUAUAUAUUUUUAUAACGGACCAUUGUUUACAAUAUUUAAGUACUGUUACUAAUCUAAUCUAAGUCGUCCAGAUAACUUGUUUUCCUCCAUGCAACCAUGCAACCAUGCAUGGACUGAUUUCAACCUGGGGGUUGGAACAUC